AAAUAAAUGUCUCUUGUUUUAGGUCAGUUAGGAUUAUAAAAUUAUUUCUGUUCGCUAAAUCAUAAAUAAUUCCUUAGUAUUUGAUAGAAUCACCAUUUAUACUGCAUGACUUGGGUGAAUCCUUCCUCAAGCUUUUCACAAUGGUUUGUUGGAAUUUUGGCUUUUUCCUCCAGACAGAAAUAUUAGCACGUCUCUUUGCUCAUCCACACUUUCUCAGCCCUGCCUACAAAUUUCCUAUGGGACCGAGAACAGGGCUUUGUGAAAUCCACUCCCAAACAUUGACUUAGUUGUCCAAAAGCCACUUAGGGUCAUUGACCAUUUAGUAGAUCAAUUUGGGUCCAAACUUUACCUUCCUGAACGAUGUUUUGACACAGUGCUUCAAUAUUCCCAUCUAAUGUUUUUUACUCAUUAUACGGUCUAUUUUGUGAAGUGUACAAGUCCCUCAUGCAGAAAAACAACCACAAAAAAUUUGGGUUUCCAACCCUAUAUUUCACAGUUUGGAUUGGUUGUUCCAGACUUGGAAGUGGCUCCUUUUACGAUUCAAAUGUAACAAAGGCCAUUAUGGCCAAACACAGUAGUUUUAGUUUAAUCAAAUCACAGGACAUCUCUCCAUAAAUUAAGGUAUUUGUCCUUGAGUGCAUUUGCAAGUUUAUCCCCUUUUAUGCCGCCUUACAAAUAAUAACUUCUUCUUCUCUGAGUGGCCUUUUAGCCCAUUUUAACACAUUCAUCAUUUCACUACAUAAUGACACUCAUAUAACCUCAACCAGCUUCUCCACAAGGUCUUUUGCUUUUGCUCCGGGGUUGAUAGACAUGUUUCGCAUCAAAACACAUUCAUCUCUGGGACACAGAACGAGUCCCAAUCCUGAACAGUAUACUGAAUAUUUCUAUACUGUUUAUAUUUGCAUGUCUUUGCUUCAACAGAUACUUGUGGCAUCUUCAGGCAUCUGAAAAUUACACCCAAAGAUGAAAAAGACUUAGAGAGGUCCACAAUUCUCUUUCUGAUAUCUUGGCUGUUUUCUUUAGAUUUUUUCAUUAUGUCACACAAGGAAGCAAUAUGAUUGGGGUGUGGUCUUAAAAUAUGUUCACAGUUGUAAAUCCAGUUAAUUUAAUGUUGUGAAUUAAACUGUCAGAAAAUCUGUCGCACAUUCUGGCAUUUAGCAUGCUGAAAUAAUUUUGAAUCCUAACUGACCUGAAACAGGAAAUGUUUAGUGUGGUGUUAUGUGAAACUGAGGAAUAAGAUUUUGACUUUUUAUCGUGUUAUCUGGUUUUAAAUGUAUGAAGCCAUCUCUGUAAGUUGCAGAAAUACAAAAACUGCUCUUUUGAAGUCAAACUACAGUAAGUGCAAUGCUAAAGCUGAGAAUGUCAAUCCAAUGCCCCUGCAGUGCCCUUACUCACUCUGAAGCUAUGGAGAGAAUAAAGGAUUACGUGUAACAGCAAUCUCAGUGCACAGUGUGUAACAGUCGCAGCCACAUGCUGAUGGAUGGAAGAGUGAGUGUGGUUGUGAACCUGUGAUGCCAUGGUUAUGUCAGUGCAUAGUGGAGGUUUGGUGUGCUCAUCUCCUCUUGAAAGAAGCGAUUUGAGGUGAUCACCAGUUUAUGGCUCCUCCCUUGUCUGUCCCUGCAGCUGUCUGAGUCGCCUGAGUCAGUUCUCAUAGUUCAUUUCCUCUCACUCUGGUGGCAUCAACAGGUCAUAUGUUCCUAUAUAAGAAUCUGUUUUUAUCAAAGAUUUUAACACAGUGGAAGAACGUUGGACAAGACAGAACCAGGAUUGUUGGGAGUGUUUAGAUUUUCAACAACAUUUCAGAGGACCAUGGACUAAUGAGUAAAGAUAUUUUUAAUUUGGAUUCUGAGAGAUUCUUCUGCCUGAUAACAAAGCAAUGGAAAAAACUACAGCACAGACUUCUUCUUAGAAACUUGUAUUUUGAAAGAUGGAGGAGGCGAGCACAGCUUUCACUUCUGAAUAUAAUGACAGCACCUCAGUACCUAUGCCCUCUGCUCCCAGCAGGCAGCUGGGCGCACUUCCCAACCCACAGGCACGAUUCAAAGACAUGACAGGGAUGCUUUUCAUGGUGACCCUGAAUGUUCUCGCACUUCUGGCCAACACUGCUGUGAUGGUGGUCAUCAUCAAAGCCCCUCAUCUGAGGAAAUUUGCCUUCGUGUGCCACCUCUGUGUAGUGGACCUGCUGUGCGCUAUCCUGCUAAUGCCUCUUGGCAUUGUGUCCAGCUCUCCAUACUUCACUGGCGUUGUGUUUACUGUACUGGAAUGCCAGAUCUACGUCUUCCUCAAUGUAAUCCUCAUAGCUGCCUCUAUCUUUACCAUUACAGCCAUCAGUGUGGAACGGUAUUAUUAUAUUGUCCAUCCAAUGCGCUAUGAGGUCAAGAUGACCCUGAAGCUGACCUUGGCUGUUGUGGUGAUGGUGUGGGUGGUCUCUGCCAUUCUGGGCUUUUCCACCAUUUUUGGAUGGCCAUCUCAUAGCCUGAGGUCCAUCAGUGCUGCACACUGCUCACUUCACUGGAGCCACAGGGACCACCGGCUUAUUUUCUUUGCACUCUUCAGCGUCACCUGUUUCUGUUUGCCAGCUGUGGUGAUCUUUUCUGUCUACUGUAAUGUAUACAAGGUGGCCCGUGUGGCAGCACGGCAGCAUGGACCUCUGCCCUCGUGGACAAACCCUCAGGUCAAGCAUCGCUCAGAUUCCAUAAACAGUCAGACGACCAUCAUUACGACUCACCACGCCCCUCGUAGGAGAACGCGUAAGCGGCAUUUUAUAGGCAGUAAAGCUGCUCUUACCCUGGUGAUUAUUGUUGGUCAGUUUCUAAUCUGCUGGCUGCCUUAUUUUGCCUUCCACCUGUUUCUGAUACUGGACUCCAAGCCUCACACACCUAAUGACUUGGAGGAAGUGGUCACCUGGCUGGCAUAUUCCUCCUUUGCUAUGAACCCUUUCUUCUAUGGACUGCUGAACAGACAGAUCCGUGAGGAGCUGUGUAAGCUGAAACGCUGCUAUUCAGCAUACCCAACAGACCUGGCCUUUUCCAGCCACGAGGGUUCAGGCCAUGAAAACUUCUUGCAGUUCCUCCAUAGGACCAGUUGUACAAUAGAGACACAUGCAAGCUUUGCAAUACCUAGUCCCAGAAUCACUCUGGAUCAAACAGAGCAGAUUGGUUUCAGGAUACCAGGUCAGAUUCCAGAAGAGAUAAAUUAGAUAUACCUCAUUGCUUUGAUACAAUGUUAAUAACCUACUGGCUUACAAAAGAAUGGACAGCUUGAUUUAAUGACUACCAGCAAAAUUUGUACUCUUUAAUCUGUUAAAGUUAUAGUAAAGCCAUUAUAGAUUCUUUUCACAAUGUACUGUACUUUUUAAGAUAUUUAAAUAAUGUUUUUGUUUAGUAAUCAUUAGUUCUAUUUCAAUAAAAAGGGGGAAUAUGUGUGUCAUGUUAUUAGUUGAGAAGUCUGAAUCAGUCAACAGGUUUACAUACAAAUUAAAUAGGACGUAGGUUGGAUUUAGGAUCUGUUUAUUUUAGGAGGGCAGGUCUUCAUUUUGAAAAUAUGUUUUACAGCCGAAAGAGAACAUAUUGUUUUAUAAUUACAAUUUAAAUACAAGUAAUUCUGCAAGUCAUUACUUUAUCAUUUAUGUUUGUUUCAAACAAAGUAAAAAUUAAAAGUUAGUUGAAGCAUU